GAUCUCAGGCCUAUUCUCUGGAUUUUUAUAUUCGAUAUGUCUUUGGAUAUGUACAUAUGUGUCAAAUAUAAUUGGCAACUGUAGCUCUGUGGUCUCAUUUGUUAACAAACAAUUUUAUAAACUAUUACGUGCGCUAAUAAUUAAGCAAAUAGGAAAAUUCCAUUCUUCAAGGUGUUUUUCAUAAGUAUAAGUGGUUUAUAUUUUUAAAAAUCUGAGUCAUAAAUUGAACAUUCUAGUCUUGCUUCGAACUCCAGCCUCGUCUAGCCUGGAAUGCGAUUGAGAAAAGUUAUUCUUGGAACUUGAACUUAUUUUUAAAAUUCGUGCUGAGUGUAUGGUUUAACGUUACCUUAAUAAAUUGUCUUUAUAGAUAAAUAUAAAAUCAAAUAUCUACAGACAGGAGCAUAACCUAUUACCAGAUUACUAUGGAUAAUUGUACGGAAAACAAAGAAAUUACAGGCAAAAAAUGGUAUAGGAAAGCAACUCAAAGCUGUUCGAAGAAAUGAAGGAACCUAAGAAUUGUUUAUGUCAAAAAUUAGACUUAUUAAACGUUGCCACUACGAAGGUGACGAGAGACAGGGCAAAUAGCACUGCCGAAAUGGAGUACUUUACUAGAGGCCGUUCUUCGGACAGAAUUGUAGCUCACAGAAUCUUCGUCAACAGGAGUCUUCACUUGGAAAAUAUAAAGUUCUAUGGCUUCGAUAUGGAUUACACCCUGGCGGAAUACAAGUCACCGCACUACGAGAAAUUGGGAUUUGAUUUGGUCAAAACACAUAUGGUUUCCCUAGGCUAUCCUCAAGAAAUUUUGGAAUUUGAAUAUGAUCCGUCUUUUGCAAUAAGAGGAUUAUGGUUUGAUACCUUAUAUGGAAACUUACUGAAAGUUGAUGCAUAUGGAAACAUUUUGGUAGCAGUUCAUGGAUUUGAAUUUUUAAAACACUCAAGAAUAUAUGAAUUGUAUCCCAACAAGUUUCUUAAUUUAGACGAAUCAAGAGUAUAUGUCUUAAACACCCUUUUCAACUUACCUGAAACCUACCUAUUGGCUUGCCUAAUAGACUUCUUUACUAAUUCACCGGAAUAUUCAAAGACUGACACUGGUGUAAAGUGUGGAGAACUUCUGAUGUCAUACCAAUCAAUAUUUCAGGACGUUAGAAAUGCCGUCGACUUCGUUCAUCUCAAAGGAGAACUGAAACAGAGAACCAUCGAAAAUUUAGAAAAGUACGUCAAGAAAGACGAAAGGCUUCCGACGUUUUUGGCCAGGUUAAGGGAGAGCGGUGCUAAAACGUUUUUACUUACUAACAGUGAUUACAAUUUUUCGGAUAAAAUUAUGACACAUUUAUUUGAUUUUCCACAUGGAGCAAAGCCCGACGAACCCCACAGAAAUUGGAAAACAUAUUUCGAUGUCGUAGUAGUCGAUGCGCGCAAACCAUUAUUUUUCGGCGAAGGUACAAUUUUGAGGCAAGUUGAUACCUCCACCGGUGCUUUGAGGGUUGGCAUUCAUACGGGUCCUCUCCAGAAAGAUCACGUGUAUUCUGGUGGAUCGUGUGACGUAUUUACUAACUUCAUUGGUGCUAAAGGAAAAGACGUAUUAUAUGUUGGAGAUCAUAUAUUUGGCGAUAUAUUAAAAAGUAAGAAGAUUAGAGGGUGGAGAACAUUUUUAAUAGUUCCAGAAUUGGUUCGCGAACUUCAUGUGUGGACCGAUAAAUGCCAAUUAUUUAAUGAAUUACAAAAUUUAGAUGUCAAAUUAGGAGAAAUGUAUAAAAAUUUAGACAGUAGCACUAAAGAAAAACCGGACAUUUCAAAACUCCGAAAUUGUAUUAGAGACGUUACACAUAAAAUGGACAUGUCAUAUGGAAUGAUGGGUAGCUUAUUUAGAUCAGGCUCUAGACAGACCUUUUUUUCUUCACAAGUUGUUAGGUACGCAGAUCUCUAUGCUGCCACGCAUCUUAAUCUACUGUAUUAUCCAUUUUCCUAUAUGUUCCGCGCUCCCGCUAUGCUGUUGCCACACGAAUCAACUGUGGCACACGAACAACAUUUUGCUGCUGAGCUGCUUCCUGAUCCUAAUAACGAUACUGAUGAAGAUAAACACGAACGAAUUUUGGAAAGAACACAAAGCAUUAUUCCCCAUAUUCGACCGGAAACACCACAAACUGUUACACAUACGCACGACGAGGAUUGUAGCGAUGAAGAUAGCGAUGAAAGAAAUGCCGCCUCGAAAAAAGUCUAAUAUUUAAAAAUUACAAAUCUUUUAAAAGCUCAACGUUAAAAACGCUUAAA